AUGGUCACCCUCAAAUCCGGCACCUCAACCGCGGAGGUGUACUUAUUCGGCGGCGUGGUCACCUCGUUUACCAAAUCUGGACGAGACGUGCUUUACGUCAGACCAGAUGCGAAAUUCGAUAAAUCGAAACCGAUAUCCGGCGGCGUUCCGCACUGCUGGCCGCAAUUCGGCCCGGGAGAGAUCCAAGUGCACGGAUUCGCCAGAAACGUGGACUGGACGUUAGUGUCGAGCGGAGAGGAUACGAUGACGAUGAAGUUAUUGCCGAAUGAAUACACGAAGGCGAUGUGGGAUAAAGAGUUUGAAGUCGUCGAGACGGUGUCGAUUAAGGACGACGCUUUAACGUGCGAGUUGGCGGUGACGAAUAAAGGGUCGGAGCCGUUUACGUUCACUGGGAGUUUUCACACGUACUUUGCGGCGGAUAUCGACGCGGUUCAAGUGAAAGGAUUGGAAGGGUGCGAAUCGUUCGAUCGAUUGAAGGAAGAAAGCGGGAAGGUUUCGGCGCCGAUUACGUGCAAAGGGCCGAUUGAUUCUUUGUAUAAGAACGCGCCGAGUCAAAUCGAUUUGGACGUCGGGGGUGGUAACUCGGUUAAGAUUACCGGCGCCGGGUGGAAAGACGCGGUGGUUUGGACGCCGUGGACUGAUAUGGAAGCGUGCUACAAGGAGUUUGUCUGCGUCGAGAACGCGUCGUGCGCCGAGCCGGUGACGGUUGCCCCCGGAGCCACGUGGACGGCGAGCACCAAGUUGGAGUAA